AUGUCAAUGACACGACAUGUCUACUGGAAAAGGCGAUUUGUCGAACAAGGGCUUCAUUUGAACACUGCGCAAUCUGUUAAUGACACUACAGCAACUCCUAAUUUCGCAACCAGUGAUGCACCAUCAAAGGAGAUCAUGACAAGCGGCGAUAUUAUAUCAACUAUCUACAGAAUUUAUGAUGAUCCAGAAUCAGUCAGUCGACAUUUGUUUGAUUUGCUGCGUUCUCCAAAUGAAGAUGACCAUUUACAAGGCGAACUUAUCGAUUUACUUGGAUUUGAACAGUUCGACUUAGUUACUAAAAUCUUGUCAUCAAGGCAGAAGCUGUUAGAUUGUUAUAACUUGAUUCGUCAGGAUGUUGCUGAAACUACGAAGCUAGAGAGAAUAUUGUGUGACAGUUCAUAUCCAUUUCAGCAAAAAUCACAAAAGCAAAGGGAACAACCGUCGUAUUGCCAGCAGGUAACAGUUCAGUCAAAUGCCGAUGUAAACUUACGUAAAAUGACAAGGCGAGAGCAGAAGCGUGCUGCUAAGCAAUUAAGUAAAAUUACGCAAAGUUUAAGCGAGGAUGAAAAGCUUGAGUUGGAACGAGCCCAGAACGAUAUAUUCAAGGAGAGGUUUCAAAAGCUAGAGGCGGAACGAUGGUUAGAAACACUGCGUGAAAAUAAGCCAAAUAUUCCACGUGAACGUUUUCCAUAUGUAUACGAUGCAUUGACUGAAUCCGAACAUAUUUUUAUCACUGUUGAUGGAUUGAAGCGAUGUUUACCGGCUAACUCUUCCCGCGUAGUUCGCGACACUUAUGAAGAAGUUCAUGUUCCUGCACCAGAUAGAUCUCAGAUUACAGGAGUCCAUCAGAUAAAUAUCGAGGAUUUUGAUGAGUUAGGAAAGAAGUGUUUCGACAGUUUCGAAAAACUUAAUGUCAUUCAAUCGUUGGUGUUCACGCAAGCUUACAAAUCACAAGAAAAUUUGUUGAUUUGUGCUCCAACGGGUGCAGGCAAAACGAAUAUUGCACUGUUGGCAAUUUUGAACACAGUACAUGUCUACAUGAAUAAUGGGAUGAUUUGCAAAAAUGAUUUUAAAAUUGUUUAUAUCGCACCAAUGAAAGCGUUGGCAACUGAAAUGACGAUAAAUUUUGCUAAGCGAUUAGCUCCGCUGAAUUUGCGUGUUCGUGAAUUAACCGGUGACACAACACUUUCACGGAAAGAAAUAGCUGAAACGCAGAUGCUUGUUUUGACUCCCGAAAAAUGGGAUGUUGUAACGAGGAAAGCUAUCGACGUAUCAAUUACGAAAAUGGUACGGCUGUUGAUUAUUGAUGAAAUUCAUUUAUUACACGAUGAUCGAGGACCUGUGAUUGAAACCAUUGUUGCAAGAACGCUUCGGCAGGUCGAAAUGAGUCAGCAAGGUGUUCGAAUUAUCGGACUUUCUGCCACACUACCAAAUUAUAUCGAUGUUGCAAGAUUUUUACGUGUAAACCCCCACAAAGGAAUGUUUUUCUUCGACGGUCGCUUCCGGCCAGUUCCACUUUCGCAAACUUUUAUUGGUGUUCGUAAUCCACGAAGUACAGGACCAGAUUUUAUGCGUGAAAUGGACGAAGUAUGUUACGAUAAAGUGCAUCAGUUUGUGAACAAAGGACAUCAAGUUCUUGUUUUCGUAACUGCACGAAAUGCUACCACAAAAUUAGCUAUCACCUUCCGAGAUGAAGCUGCUAAAAAGGGAGAAUUGGAUCAUUUUUUACCGGCAAGUAUUGGUUCAUCACAGUAUGUUAAUGCAAUUAAAUUGGCGCAGAAUUGUCGGAAUGAUAUGUUAGCGGAAUUCUUUCGACUUGGAUUUGGUAUUCACCAUGCUGGCUUGCCACGUCGGGAGCGUUUGAUGACUGAGAAGUUUUUUGCUAAUGGACAUAUUACUGUGCUUUUUUGUACUUCAACUCUUGCAUGGGGUAUCAAUUUGCCGGCGCAUGCUGUUGUCAUUCGGGGCACUGAAAUUUUUGAUGUCCAUAAAGGCGAUUUUAGCAACUUGGGUGUUCUUGAUGUGCAACAAAUUUUUGGUCGAGCCGGUCGUCCACAAUAUGAAAGUUCAGGGCAUGGCGUAAUUAUAACAUGGAAAAAAAGUAUGCCACAGUAUUUGAAUAUGCUUCUUCGCCAAGCGCCCAUUGAAAGCCAGUUCAUGUCGCGAAUUUAUGACAAUCUGAAUGCUGAAAUCUCUUUAGGAGCAGUAUCAAGUAUUUCUGAAGCAGUUGAAUGGCUCAAAUAUACAUAUUUUUUCAUUCGAGCUAAGCUAAAUCCUCUUGCAUACGGAAUACCUCGAGGACAAUUAGAGCGCGACCCAGAUUUAUAUGAGUAUCUAACUCAAAUGAUGACGAAAGCAGCUGAGAAGUUAGACAGAAAUCAAAUGAUUAGCAAUGGUUACGUAGCAUCAACGGAUCUAGGGCGAAUAGCUUCAGCCUAUUACAUGAAAUAUGAAACAGUUGAAGUAUUUAUGAAUGGCGUAGGGGGAUUAAAAUUGGAAGCAUUUAUGAGCGAUGAUAUGAUAUUGUCGUUAAUUGCGUCGGCAACAGAAUUUGACCAAAUUAAGGCCAGUUAUAUUCUCUUAUAUAUUAUUAUUCUUUUGAUUAAGGUGCGGGAAGAAGAAGCUUUGGAACUGGAGGAACUUGUUUGUACUUCCUGUCCUUUGCGUUUGAAAAGAGGUGCUUUGGCAACGGUACCUGGAAAAAUAAAUUGUUUGAUCCAGGCCCAUAUUUCACGAGCAUUCAUUCGAAGUUAUUCAUUGAUUUCGGAAUCAAUGUUUGUUCAACAAAACUGUAAACGACUGUGUCGUGCAAUGUUUGAAAUAACUUUGAGAAGAGGAUGGGCUCAAGCAGCUAAUGCAACGCUUGCUAUGGCGAAAUGUUUUGAUAAGCAAGUAUGGCCGUUUCAGACACCACUGAGGCAACUUGGUGAAUUUAUUCGAGCAGACUGGAUUCCAAAAAUUGAACGGAAGAAGCUUUCUCAUUAUCAACUCUUUGAAAUGAGUGCAAAAGAACUUGGAAAUAUGCUAAGUUGUGAUGGACAGAAAAUGUAUGAAGCAGUGCGCAUGCUGCCGGUAAUGUAUUUGGAAGCAUCAGUCAAACCUGUUACAAACACGAUUAUCCAGGUGACUGUGACUUUAACGCCAGACUUUAUUUGGCAUGAACGUUUUCUUGGUUCAACUGGCGUUCAAGUCUUCUGGGUUUUUGUUGAAGAUAUCAAUGAAAACAUGAUCAUUCAUCAUGAUCAGAUCGUAGUUAAUAGGAAUAAGGUUCGUAAUAGAGAAUUACAAAAUCUCAUUUUUACGGUACCGAUCAGGGAUCAGCAGUUAACCCAUAAUUAUCAGGUGCGAGUUGCGAGUGAUCGGUAUGUUGUUGAUGAUAGUGUUGUUCCUAUUUCGAUGCAUAAUUGUGUUUUACCAUCUUCUCAUCGUCAGCAUACGGAUCUGCUGGAUUUGGAUCCGUUACCGUUGACGGCUUUGAAAAAUGAGGAAUUCCAGUCAAUCUAUAAUUUGGGAUUUUUUAAUCCAAUACAGACACAGGUUUUCCACUGCUUGUAUAAUACAGAUGAAAAUGCUUUAAUAGGAGCACCAACUGGUUCUGGUAAAACUCUUUGUGCUGAACUGGCGAUGUAUCGUAUUUUCCGCGAGUAUCCAGCUAAAAAAUGUGUGUACAUUGCACCACUAAAAGCUUUGGUACGCGAACGCGUUUCUGAUUGGGAUGAAAAAUUUCGAAAGCUGAAUAUUAGGACAGUUGAGCUUACGGGUGAUCAUUCACCAGAUAUUCGCAGUUUGAGUUCAGCUAAAAUUGUGAUCACAACACCAGAGAAAUGGGAUGGCAUAACACGAAGUUGGGAAAUUCGUCAAUAUGUUAAAGAUGUAGCGCUUGUAAUUGUUGAUGAAAUACAUCUUCUUGGUGUUGAAAGAGGUGCUGUAUUGGAAGCAAUUAUAACAAGAUUAAAGUUGAUGACUCGAAAAAAAGAAUCGCACAAUCCUGUUCGUGUGAUCGGUCUUUCUACUGCUCUUGCCAAUGCAGGUGAUGUAGCAGAAUGGUUAGGUAUUGCGGAUGCUGGACUUUUCAAUUUUCGACCGAACGUACGACCGGUACCUAUUGAGGUGCACAUUGCUGGUUUCCCAGGUCAGCACUAUUGCCCUCGAAUGGCUUUAAUGAAUCGACCGGCAUUCAAAGCAAUCAAAAGUUAUUCUCCUUGUAAGCCAGCUCUUAUCUUUGUGGCAUCACGGCGUCAGACGCGAUUAACUGCAAUGGCAUUUGUUUCGCAACUCGUUACUGAUGAUGACCCACGACAAUGGCUUCACAUGGAUAUGGAAGAGCUUGAGCAACUGAUCAUGACACUGAAAGAUGAGAAUUUAAAAUUAACGUUACCGUUCGGCGUGGGAAUGCAUCAUGCCGGUUUACAGCAAUACGAAAGAAACAUUGUUGAACGGCUUUUCGUGGAAAAGAAGAUUCAAGUUAUGGUAGCUACAGCGACCUUAGCAUGGGGUAUUAAUAUGCCGGCACACUUAGUUAUUAUUAAAGGAACCGAAUAUUAUGAUGGAAAAACUCACAAGUAUAUAGAUUUUCCAGUUACUGAUGUUUUACAAAUGAUAGGCCGCGCAGGUCGGCCACAAUUCGAUGAUUCUGCUGUUGCUGUUAUUUAUGUUCAGGAUGUUAAGAAAAACUUCUAUAAGCGUUUUCUUUACGAACCUUUUCCGGUCGAGUCAAGUAUGCUCUCAGCAUUGCCAAAUCACGUGAAUGCAGAAAUUUACGCUGGAACCAUUACUUCACAGCAGCAUGUAAUGGAAUACAUUGCUAAUACCUACCUUUAUCGACGUCUUUUUGCAAAUCCAAGUUAUUACGGUAUUAUGGAUACGACACCGGAAGCUUUAACACAGUUCCUUGUGGAAGUAGUUGAUAACUGUAUUGAAGAACUUGUGCUUUCUAGUUGUAUCAUCGUUAAUGAAGAGGAACAGUCACUUAUUUCAGCGCCGCUUGGAACCAUCGCGAGCGUUUACUAUCUGAGUCAUAAAACUGUGAGAUUUUUUGCGAACUGUCUAACACCUACAGCAACGGUAGAGGAGCUCAUGAAAAUUUUAGCAGAUUGCCCAGAAUAUGAUGAAAUACCUGUUCGACAUAAUGAAGACCAAAUCAAUGGGCAAUUACAACAAAUUAUGCCGCUUAAAUUGCCAGCUGAUGCUGCCUUGGAUUCUUCACAUACAAAAGCAUUUUUGUUAUUAGAGGCACAUUUAAGUCGUAUAAAGCUUAUGACAGACUACAUCACUGACCAACGCUCAAUGUUAGAACAGUGUUUCCGAAUUUUAAAUGCAAUGUUGGAUAUAAGUCUUUUGCGUAAGUGGCUGGCAACUGCUCUUUCGGUUGUUAUUUUGAUGCAAAUGAUUGCUCAAGCCGCUUGGCAUACUGACCAUCCCUUAGUUGUUGUGCCGCAUUUCUCUGAAGACGUUAUCAAUAGAAUUGGGACUGAUUCGACGAUACCUACACUAAAAAAUCUUUUUGGCCUUGAUAAAGCGGAUAUCGAACAGGCGAAAAAAAAAGCCAUCAAGAAACUUCUGGACAUGACAAUUAUCGAUGUGCAGCAGGCAACGGAGGCUGUUGAUGCUCUUCUAAAAUGGCCAGUAUUACAACCGAUGAACUGUGUGUUAUGUGGUGCAAAUCAGGUUUUCGAAAUCGAUUAUUUGCAAGAUGAACGAUGGCCGAAGUAUAUGAAUGUUCAGUCUGAUACGCAAUAUCGUAUGUUAUUCACUGUCGAGUUGAUCGGCCCAUAUAGGUUCGAAACGAAUGCUUUUUGUCCACAUUUUCACAAAAAAAAAAUUGCUGGCUGGAUUGUGAUUAUUGGUGAGAAAGAUACAGGUGAAGUUCUGUGCUGCAAAAAAAUACCACCUAUUACCGGUUCUAAGCGGCUUACUGUGCCAUUCAGGAUGCCGAAACGACUGGGUCGACAUAUUUUCACGGCUUUCAUAAUGUCCGAUUCUUAUAUUGGCAUCGAUCAGGAAUACAAUCUUCAUUGCGAAAUUGUCGAAAAGAAAGUGUCGGAAAAUUCCAUCAAUUUAAAAUUGUAG